CCAUCAUCAUUAUUAUUAUUAUUAUUAUUAUUAUCUCACGUAAUGGCCUCUUCGACUCACAAGCAACAACUCUUGCCCAACCUCUAUGGCGGCGCCACCUCGGCUCCGCCGCCAACGCCGGCGGCGCAGCCGAAUAGCCUCCUGUCAACCUCCGACGCCGCCGACGCGCUCUCGCGCCUCCUCCACCGCCUCCCGCCCACGCUCUCGCUCCCCACGCGCUGCGCCUCGCCGUCUUCCGCGGCCGCCACGUGUCCCCCCUCUCUCUCCCUAAACGACGACGUCCUCUCCUGCGUCUCGCAACUCGGCUACGCGCAACUCACCGAUCACUCCGUUCCCUCCGGGCUCGCCAACUCGGCCGAGUCGGAAGCGCUGGCGCUCUUCGACCUCUCUCGCGACCGGAAGGAGGCGCUAUUCCCCAAAAACUGGCCUCUCGGCUACGGCGACGAAGAGGACGAGGGGCUCGCCGAGUCGUUCCGGUUGGACUCGGCGCGGUGGACCGAGUCGAGCGAGUUGGCUCUGGCUUCUCUGCGCGAGUUGGCGCUGGAACUGGAGAAGCUGGGGUUGAAGAUCGUUGAUGGGUUGACGAAGGAGUUGGGCUUCGAAAACCCACUUGGACAUGACCCGACCCGGUUCCGUUCACUCAUGUGGGUAUCGGAGUGUGUUCGUGGAUCGAAACCCGAUUUAUCGGGCGGGUUUUACCCGUUUGUGGUCGGGUUGCAGUUCCAGAUAAGGAAUCAGAAAUACUCGAUGCUGUCUGAUUCGGGAUGGGUUUCUGUGCUGCCACACGUGGACUCGAUUUUGGUUACUGUUGGUGACAUUGCUCAGGUGUGGAGCAAUGGCAAAUUAAAGAAAGUGAGGGGUAGACCAGUGGCGACAGUGGGAGAAGAAAAUGAUACACGCUGCAUAACAAUGUCAUUGCUGAUAACUCUUCCUACAGAGAGCAGAGUGGCUCCACUUCUUCCCAAUAAGGACCAAACAAAGGAAGAGAGUGAAGAAGAAAGUAAUAAUGGAGGUGGUGGUGGUGAAGGCCAAGAGAGAGUGUUUAACUCAUUUGAUUUUGAAGACUACGCUUGGAGAGUCUACCAUGAACGUCUCCUAUUCAAAGAUCCACUAGAUAGGUACCGUGUUACUUAGAACUUAAGACAUUGGACUUGGUGGUUGUCUCUCACUCUACCUCAUGAUAAUUCUGUGUUUUGUGUGAUAGAAUGAAUCAUUUCUCAUGCUGGUGUUAAUUAAAUAGUCCAGUAAGGUUUGAAUUUUGGAUGAGGACUAUAUGAUGAGGUGUAUAUGCUCCAUUUAUUUAUUGGAUUGAUUUUCAAGUUAGAAAAGAGAACAGUGUCACUCAUUGUUUUUACUUUAUCAUUCAAUCUAGAAUUCAUGUUUGUGUCA